CGUCACUCAGCAAGGAGAAGGGCAAAAAAUCCAAAGACAAUAGCACAAGGCAAAGUUUUCGUUUCCAAUAAACGGAGUUAACCUGUAAAUUUUCUAGCAUUCAACAAGAAAUCCAGAAGGAAGAGAAGCAAGAAACAAGAGCUUGCUUGGGUACCCAUUGUAGAUUUCUUUUACCAAUUUUAUAGCUUUAUUUGGAUCUGUACGGUGCUGGGCCUAGUCCUGAUUGCGACAUUUCUGAAAGGAGAAUUACAAGGUAAUAAUCCAUGGAAGGCGCCGGAGGUGAUACUGCCUCCACUGUGGCACCUCUUGCCAAGUGGAGAAAAGAUUUCUCAAGGGCAUUCCAGUACUAUCUGGAUCGAUCAACACCUCAUACGGUGCAAAGAUGGCUGGGAACUCUUGUAGCUGCAGCCAUAUAUAUGUUGCGAGUUUACUGUGUUCAAGGUUUUUACAUUGUCUCAUAUGGCCUCGGAAUUUAUAUCUUGAAUUUGUUGAUUGGGUUUCUAUCACCAAAGGUUGAUCCUGAACUUGAAGUUUUGGAUGGAGCUUCUUUGCCAACAAAAGAAUCAGAUGAGUUCAGGCCUUUCAUUCGCCGCCUUCCUGAGUUUAAGUUCUGGUAUUCCAUCACCAAGGCCUUCUGCGUAGCUUUCCUAAUGACCUUUUUUUCUGUGUUUGACGUUCCUGUCUUUUGGCCGAUAUUGCUUUGCUAUUGGAUUGUACUGUUUAUCCUCACAAUGAAGCGCCAAAUCAUGCACAUGAUUAAGUACAAAUACAUUCCAUUUAGUUUUGGAAAGCAGAAAUAUUCUGGGACCAAGUCUGCUGCAGGUAGCAGUGGUAUAACGAAGGACUGAACUAUUUUCUGGAGCCUUUUCAAACCUUCAGCUUAUGGGUUUUGGAUAAAUUGCUUGUUUACUUCUUGAAGACAUGCAAAAUUCAUACAGGUUGAAGAUUCACUUUUGUUUUGUAUUCAUUAGAAGAUGUUACUUGAAUGCUUUCAGAUGCACACAUUUUUUAUUUGGGCCAUCAUGUUUCUUUAUACACACUUUUUUUCUUCCUGAAUUUCUUCUCUAUUCUAUUUUUUAAAAGGAAUCUAAUCUUGUACAUGAUCAGUUGCCAUAUUAUGUCUAGUGUUUUGAGGUUGUUUGAGCUGUCAGUUUGUAUAAAUGGACAAUGGCAGGGCCCAUCAUUCUUUUAAAAAUUUUCAAUCUACAAUCUCACUUCUCUCC